AUGGUUGCAGCAAUGUUUGACGUCUUGGUCGCAGUUGAUCUAGCACACGUCUCCACCACAACAGUCUCUCACACAAUGGACAUUCGAUUAUUUCCCGAGCAGCAGAGCGAAAAAAAGCCGAACACGGUCUGUCACGUGCUGCCGUGCCAUAUCCACUACACAGGGCCUGCCAACGUGGCUGAGUACUUCACCAUCGAGGGUGGUGACAACAAGAACGGGCAACAGGUGGAAGUGACCAAAGACGAAAAGGCUGACGAGAACCCGGAGGUUGCUAAGAAGGCCGAAGAGAAUGAUGCAGCGAAAGAGCAGGGUGAGGAGGACGAGAAAGAGUUUGGAUUGAACAACAGGGAUUCAAAGGAUCCAAAAGACAAGAGUGCCUCUUCAGCUCCAUUGAGUACCCAUUUUCGAGGCAGGAAGCUUCAUGGAGUGGAGCAGAAUCUGCCCGAGACGUACCGUGGCUACAGGUUCACCGAGGGUACCAAUUUCUUCGAGAACUCGAACCCCGUGUCCCAGCUGGGCGACAUCACCCAGGACUUUGACCAGGAUGGAUUCGAGCGAAAUCCCGAUGACUACCGAAACAACGAGCCCAUCGAGAUGCGGUCGUGGAACGCCGAAGGCUCGUUCGAUCAUCUGGUCAUCUGGGGCCAUGAGCGGGUGCCCGAUCUCGCCAGUGAUCAGUGGGCCUGUGGAGUGCGAGAUUGGCACCAGGUUGCCACUGCCAUGAACCCCAUAAAGCAGUGA